UCUGUACGUUCAGUUGCACCCUCGCCUCGGGCACGGCGCGCACUCCGCACGCCGUCAGUUGACACGCGCCGGAAACGUCGCCGGCAAAGGGAGCGCACUUGCACCACUAGCUAGCGAAGAAAGAGGUCCGUGAAGUGAUAAGAAGGAUAAGAAGCUCGGGAGAGAGAGAGAAUUUAAGGAUGAGGCUCCUUGCGAUCACCGUGGGUUUCCUCCUUCAAGCGUGGAUAGUGUCCUGUGGGACGAGACCCAGCUUCGUUUCCGAUCAGAUGAUCGCAACUGCGGCCAGCGUUGUCAAUGCCUGCCAAACGCAAACAGGAGUUGCCACAGCUGACAUAGAAGCAGUAAGAAAUGGUCAGUGGCCGGAAACACGUCAAUUGAAGUGCUAUAUGUAUUGUCUCUGGGAACAAUUCGGUCUGGUCGACGACAAAAGGGAGCUAAGUCUCAAUGGCAUGCUGACGUUUUUCCAAAGAAUACCCGCCUAUAGAGCUGAAGUCGAGAAGGCGAUCAGUGAAUGCAAGGGGAUCGGUAACUAUUUUGCGAAAGGUGAUAAUUGCGAAUACGCUUAUACGUUCAACAAAUGUUACGCGGAGCAAUCUCCGAGGACUUACUAUCUGUUCUAACGAGUUGCGAAAGGAUGUCGGCAAGAAGACCAAAGAUAAAAUGCUCAAGAUACAAUUUCGCCGAAUGUGUUGAGAUUUUUACGUUUAAAUCACUUUCCACUUUAUUAUGUAACUGCUGUACACGCCGUAUUGCGUGAACCGUAUAUGUGUCGAUAAAAUAAAAGAUUCAACGAUCCAAUCAAUGUA